AUGUCGCCGCAACCAGCAUGCCAAAGCCAAGGACGUAAAAGACGGAGAGCCGAGAUCCCAAACCCAGCGAAUACCCUUGAUGGACUCGUGGCCCGUCGCGUGGAAGAGGGCAAAGGCCCCGCCGGGAGAUACCUUACUGAAGAUGAAGCCAUCGUCAGCCCGGAUGAUCAUUUUGAUGUCAGAGAGAACACCGGCCCGGAUCCGGACGUCUCGGCCCGAACUUGCUCAAUUUGUGGCUAUCAGGGGAAGUGGGUUUCGGAGAUGAUACGCCAUAAACGCGUCCAUACGGCGGAGCGGCCGUUUAAGUGCCGUUACUGUAGCCGUACAAGCAAAUGGAAGGCAGAUCUGAUUCGCCAUGUUGCAAAAACCCACGGGAUUCGAGUCGUCUCAAAAUACAGCCGCUCAAAGGCAUUUGACGCCAGGCGGAAUUCGGCUGAAAUCGAACCGAUUACGUGUUCUCCUCCACUUUUGACGCUCCAAAAUCCGCAGCCAAGUCGCCGGAUGGUGCAGUUGUAUGGGUGUAAGAUCUGCCCCUUCGAGCACGAGCAACUCUCAAUGUUCGUGAUCCACGCCGGGUCCCGCCACGGCCUGCCAGCCUUCUCUUGUGGUUGCGGAUUACCCUUCGACACUUCUGAGGCUGUCCAGGAACAUUGUCGACUCCAUGGAUUCCCACAUGAGCACGCAAUUCCGAAUUUUGUUGUACGGUAUCAUGAGUCUUCUCCUGUGAGCACUCUCUCGCCCUCCUCCCUCUCCGAGGCAUCCUCGGCUUCAUCAGCCGAUAGUGGAGUCCAUUCCGACACUGAGGACUCGGAGCAGGAGGCCCUUCCCCAGAUCAACACCCAACUUCCCAACCCCUUUAGGGGACUAGAAGCCCUGCUCCUCCUCGGCAGCGGUCUCUGCUCGCCCCUCCCCUCUCCAAUCCCCCUUCUCUCUCCCCAGGCCCCACAAUUUGACCUGGCCACCGUACUCCUCGCCCUACAGGCACAACAGCGCAUGGCUGGCCUUUUGCAGAGUCCUACGAUGCUGUCACCUUCGGAAAACUCUGCCUUCAGCCCGACAGGCCGUGGACCGGCUACCGUAAUCCCGGCUAUGCGAGGGAUGGAAAAUAGCGAACUCGUGGCCGGCUGCUCUUUGUGUGAAGCCGCCUUUUCGACACAAGAAGCCCUGGCGGCGCAUUUGCCAUUCCACGGUUCCGCCCGCCCCCACCAGUGCCCAAAUUGUAAUUAUGCGGCGUCAAAACCGACAAACCUAAGCCGCCAUCAGGCAACCCACCACCGUACCGUACCCAAUCAACUUCUUAUAAGUCUUUGUGAAGAGCCGGAAGCUGACGAAGAUUCGGACGAGGACCUCAUUUUGGACAUUGAACAG